GUGUCCUUUUCUUUUCGGCAGUUCCGAGAGCAGCGGCGGCGAACAAUGGCGCCAAGCUGAGAGCCGCUAAAACAGGCCUCGCGUCCGCUCGCCGCCUCCAAGUCCUGCCAAAAUAUUACAGGGGGGACAAGUCGGAUGAGAACGUCUCUUGGACGUUCAACAUCAACGUCCCCACUGAUCCCACAAUCGAGCCGAUGUAUUUUCGCCUGGCCGCCGCUGGCUUGGUUGAGCCGCCGAGGCAGAUCAGUCUGCUUGCGGACCCGAACCUCACGCUCGGCACUUUUGGAACCAACAUGAAGUGCACCCAAAUCGCGCGGACCGUUUGGGACUGCGCCGGCAUGACUACAUUGACUCAGGCCGACAGCCUUAGGCUCGGCGCCAGCGCGGGCGUGGGGCCUCAGUUCGCUUCGUACGGUUUGGCUCUGACAUAUUGGAACGAGCAGAGGCAGGCAGCAACGGUGCAGACUUCACAGGUGGAAGUGGCAGAGGACAGUGUGAGAUUCAACGAUGCAUUUCAGUGGAUUCCCAGCAGUACCAGCACUUACGUCAGUGGAAAUCUCCAGGCGCAAAUAAAAACUAAGGAUCUCAAGGGUGUUGCAUCUAUUCUGCCCAUCAAAAG